UGCGGGCCACUACCGGCUAGUGGCCGCGGGGCCGCCUCGUCCCGCCCCCUUCCUGCAUGGGACCGGCCCUCAAAUCGACUGCUCGCGGCUGCAGCGAGGGAAGAGGGUGCGGCCGUGGCGGCGGGGACUGAGGCACAGACUGACCCGGCGUGGACUGCGGAGAUGCUGGGCGUGGCGGCCGGAAUGACCAACAGCAACAUGGCCAAUGCCUUGGCCAGUGCCACAUGUGAACGCUGCAAGGGGGGCUUUGCACCUGCUGAGAAGAUCGUGAACAGUAAUGGUGAGCUGUACCAUGAACAGUGCUUCGUAUGUGCUCAGUGCUUCCAGCAGUUCCCAGAAGGACUCUUUUAUGAGUUUGAAGGAAGGAAGUACUGUGAGCAUGAUUUCCAGAUGCUCUUUGCUCCCUGCUGCCACCAAUGUGGUGAAUUCAUCAUUGGUCGUGUUAUCAAAGCCAUGAACAACAGCUGGCAUCCUGAGUGCUUCCGAUGUGACCUCUGCCAGGAAGUGCUGGCAGACAUAGGGUUUGUUAAGAAUGCUGGCAGACACCUAUGUCGCCCAUGUCAUAAUCGUGAAAAGGCCAGAGGCCUUGGAAAAUACAUCUGCCAGAAAUGCCAUGCCAUCAUUGAUGAACAGCCUCUGAUCUUCAAGAACGACCCUUACCACCCAGACCACUUCAACUGUGCCAACUGCGGGAAGGAGCUAACUGCUGAUGCUCGGGAGCUGAAAGGGGAGCUAUACUGUCUGCCAUGUCAUGAUAAGAUGGGGGUCCCUAUUUGUGGCGCCUGCCGGAGGCCCAUUGAAGGUCGAGUAGUGAAUGCUAUGGGCAAGCAGUGGCAUGUGGAGCAUUUUGUUUGUGCCAAAUGUGAAAAACCGUUUCUUGGACAUCGCCAUUAUGAAAGGAAGGGCCUGGCUUAUUGCGAAACUCACUAUAAUCAGCUAUUUGGUGAUGUUUGUUUCCAUUGCAACCGUGUCAUAGAAGGUGACGUGGUAUCUGCCCUCAACAAGGCCUGGUGUGUGAGCUGCUUUGCCUGUUCCACCUGCAAUACCAAACUGACACUCAAGGAUAAGUUUGUUGAAAUUGAUCUAAAGCCAGUCUGCAAAUACUGUUAUGAGAAAAUGCCAGAAGAGUUUAAGAGGCGACUUGCCAAACGGGAGAGAGAAGCAAAGGAUAAGGACAAGCAGAGAAAGAGAAAGCCAGUGUGUCUGUAAACGUUCUUUUCCCUCCACACCAUUCUCAUUGAUUCUCUGUGGAAUAAAUUUGUGGAGUUUGACAUGAAGCCAGUCUGUAAGAAGUGCUACGAGAAAUUUCCUUUGGAGCUGAAGAAAAGACUUAAGAAACUAUCUGAGACCUUAGGAAGGAAAUAACUUUUGGUGUCUUUUUUCUCUCUCUUCUAAUCAAUAUUACUUAACUGGAUCGACCCUGAUCCACCCUUGCUUAAAACUAUAUCAAAGCAUUAGAGAAAAUGGUUUUCUUCAUUUCCCUUUUCUCACUUAAAACGAAAGAAAAUGUUUAUUUCUAUAUAAAACACAGGUAAAAUCAGGACUUUCAUUUCUUUAGCCAUAUUAGUCUGUAGGCAUUUUAAGUAUAUAACCAAAAAACAAAGAAACAAAAAUGUUAAAGGGUAGUUUUAAUUAAGCCGCCCAAAAUAUGAAUUUAACUCUUCAGAAUUAAACACCCGCCCUAUGGACCAACAGAAGCACUUGCUGCCAAACCUAGUGGACUAAGGUGAACCCUUAAGAAAGUGUCUGGGUCCAUGUGGGUCAUGUGGAACGAGAACUCACUCCCACAAGUUGUCCUCUAAGCUCCACAGACUGCCGUGGUGCAUGUGCACUAACACACAGUUAAAACAUAAUGAUCAACCGCUGUUCCAAAGAGUCAGCUUUCACAUGACUCACAUUUUAAAGGACUCCAAGCUUUGCUUUCCUUUAUAUAAGAAAAUCAUUUCCCAUUCCUAUACUGGGAACUAUAUAGGGAAGAUAAACUACCAACCCAAUUCCUAUGUAGUCAUGUGUUUAUCCAGUUAGCAUUGUCAAAGGAACAUGCAUAUUAGUAAGAAGUAAAAACAUUUCAGAAUGACUUGAUUCUUUAAUAAAUCACUACACUUAGUUUUCUAUUUCAUUCUCCUUAUAAAUUUUUUCUUCAUAAAAUUACUUAACAUACUUGUAGCUACUAAUGUGUCUUUUAUGUUUUUGAGCAAAACAAAAAAAAUACCAGUUAUCUGGAAAAUAACUGCAUGUAUUGUGACAUUGGGGAAAUGAAGCAUUUUAAAAAUAUGUUACACAAUUAUGCUUCUAUACUUAAUGUAAGAUACAUAGUAUUCAAAUGGGACAUGAAAUGCACUCUGCUGCAGCUCGGAAUGUAUUGCUUUCAAACGUGAGCAUGAGCCAGGUGUGGUGGCACUAGGCUUCAAUCCCAGUGCUCUGAAGGCAGAGGCAGGCAGGCCUCUGAGUCCUAGGUCAACCAGGGCUGCAUAUUAAAACUUUGUUUCAGAAAGAAUGACUGUAUUUCAUAUUACCUUUGUGCUAAUAUCUAUGCUUUAUACAUAAUCUAACUUGCCUUGCCUUAGAAAACUGCAUCCUAUAAUCAGGAAUUCUAGAUAUUUCCUAUAAUACCAAAAUAAGUAUUUUGACUGAGAUUCAUUAAUUUAGAAUUACUCACCACUGAUAAAAACUUUAAAAAUUCUUUUCUCAGGAAGCCAAUGAAAGUUAAUUCCCAUCCUCUUAUUAGAACUAUGCUGAUGUAUUCAAACAUUUUAAUGAACCCUUUUUCAUUUCAGAUGUCAUAACUGGGUUUUAUGUACUAUAAAGUAGUAAAACAGUAUAAAUGAUACUUUUAGAUUGAAAGAGGGUAGUAAGAGUAUCAUCUUUAAAAAUCAGUGAGUUCUAUUUUAUAAAAAUUUUCAUCUUGAAAUGUCCAGACCAUUCAUUUUGUAUAAACUCAAUAUGCAAAAGUAUGAACAUUUUAAAUUUUUUCUCUGCUGCUAACAUGUUGCCUUCUUUUUCUCAGUCGCCAAGAUAUAUUUCAUAAACAUUGCUAGAUAUGGUGACUCACAUUGUAGUCUCAGCACUUGGGAGGCUGAGGCAGAAAGAUUGCCAUGAGUUGGAGACAAAUCCUAGGUUACAGUGUGAGAUGCUAUCCCCCAAAAUAUCCCCACAAACAAACACUAGUGUAUUGUUUUGCCAUAAAGAAUAUCUCAGGAACUUAGGAAAACGCUCAGUCAUUAAUGGACUCACACCAGCCUUAGGACCUGAGUUUGAACUUGGAGGCAAGCAGAUCCCUGGAUUUACGAGGUAGCCAACUCAGCCUAACUAGUGAGUCCCACAUCCAAGGGGGAAAUCCUGUAUCAAAAAAAAGUAAGGUGGAUGGCUCCUGAGGAAAGACAGCCAAGAUUGAUAUCUGGCCUACACACACACACACACACACACACACACACACACACACACACACGUGCACAUUCAGAAAUAACAGAUGGACACACACACACAGGCUAUCUCAGGAUGUUGUUACUCUGCCAUUAAAAGUUUGUAAUCAUGAAUUUUUAGAGUACUUGGUUAUGCACAUUAUGGAAUACAUUUCUGUUUUUAUAUAACUAACUUAUAACCAAUCAUUUUAUUUCCUAAUGUUCUUUCGGAAUGAAUUAUAAGUGAUUAGAAAUAGACAUGUUUUGUGUUUGCUUAGCAUUUUAAAUUUUCCUUGCUUUUGACAAUAAGAACCAAAAUUUCUUCAGUGUGCCUUUAUGAGCUAAGAAUAACUAGCAGUGAUUACCUUAAAAGUAUUUAUGAACUAUUUUACAUGCAUUUAGACAAAUAGAAUUUGUAGUCUAGGGUCUUGAUGCUAAGCUCUUACAUACGUCACUGAAAGUAUGGAGCAAAAAAGCAGGCAUUCCCUUGCUUACUCCGUCACUUUAGAGGUGUGUGGCCUGCGCCUGACUGCCUUUGCUUACGAGACACCGCUUAGCCAGAGUCCUCACUGCUGUCUUUGCUCACUUCUCUCAGACAGGAAUAUUCCAGGAGGUUUGAUCUCAUAGUUAUAUAGUAAUUCAUCUAGAGAUGGUGCUUUUCAUUGUGGGGUGUAUCAUGAGAGCCCUUAGUGUGGAAGAAGAGAGAGGUCUAAUGGGGCCAAGACAAAGACUGCAUCUAGUUCCUACUAGUUGUGGGGUUUUACUGGCUGCUGGCAUUUGUCAGUGAACAUCUCUGUUUUAGUUUCUGUAAACAAUCUAAAAUAAUUCAUUGUGCUUAUGAAAUUUCUAAGUGCCCUUUUUGUCCUUAGUUAACCUAAUGUAACAUGGAAAAUGGAUA